UAUUCAGUUCGACCUUGGUUUUCAUGGAGAAAACCCCUUCUUUUUCCCAUUUUUGUUAAGACCAGUAGAGGAUUUUCCCCUUUUUAUGUUGAUUUCCUAAGUUUUCAAUUGAUGUUUCUUUUAAUUUAAAAAGUUGAUCUUGCACAACAUCAUUUUCCCCAACCAUUUAUGCGGAUCUGUAGUUCGGUUGUAUGGGAUGUUGUACAAUAGAAGAGGAGAUUUCUACAAUAUAAUGGGUUCUGAUGCAAUCCAGUAUCCUUCUCUCUAGUUUAACCACGAAGAAUUCUUGAGUAUUAGGCUCCACUUUACAUUUCUCGAUCUUAUAAUACUGUUGCGUCUAUGGUUUAAUUUGGUUUAUCUUUUGUCAUUGAUCUCUUCUCUUUAUCUUUUAUCUCCUUACUCUUCUACUGAUUAUUUUAGUUUUUCUUUGUCUUAUGGAUAACUAACCCUUUUGUUACAGCAUCCAUGUCCAUUAAUCAGUUGUAAGUUUAAGCAGUAGUGUUUAUUCCAGUGGUGGAUUUUCUCUAGCACUCAUUUCUGAUUCAAUGCUAGCAGUAGUGCAUCCUCCGGCAGUUGUGCACUCUCCAACAGUUGUGUUCUCCAUCAAAUCCAUGAUGGUUCCAUCUACGUUGCGUAAAGUUGUUCCUUAUCAAUUUGGUCAUAGUAUUGAAGAAAGGUUUCCAUCACCAAUCAAGCUCAACCAUCAUUAUCCAGCUCCUCCUAAAAAAAAAACAGAAUUUGGAACGCUUCAUCUCCCAGCAGUCAAAAGGUUACAACCAUUUCAGUAAUUAUUGGCGUAACGUAAAUAUCAAUAUCUCUGGGCGUGAAUUUAGUACCAGUAAUUUUUGGCGUAAGUUUAGUCUUAUUGCCUUCCAGCAACAAAAUAAUCCUAAAAAUCAGCAAUAUCAUAAUUUCUUUUCCAUGCACGCCAAUAUAAAUAACCUCUUCAUUUUUCUCUCUUCUCAUCACAAAAAACUAAAAUCGAUAUUCUUUUCCAAUAUCACUCAAACCAUCCUGUUCAAUUCUCAUCGUCCUGUUAUGGCAACUUAUCCUCAACCUCAAGUCUCUAGUAUCACUUCUCAAAUGCAACAAACAAAUAUUGGGGUUGUCAAACCUCAAAGAAGAACGCUAGGAUCUGCUCAAGUUAUUAGCAACGCUGUAGACGAGUGGAGCAAUAGUGUGCUUGGUAAGGUCUUUUGCCCGGAGAUUUUAGAAGUUGGAGAAGUACGAGAUGAAAUCAAUGCGAUUUGGAAGAAAUACAAAAGCAAGGAAACAAAAGUUAUGGGUCCUAAUCUCUUCGUCUUCAAUUUUAGCACCACCAACGAUCAAGAGGAUAUCAUCAAAAAGUCCCCAUGGACAGUAAAAGGUUACCUGCUUGCUGUAGAGAUUUAUAAUCCAAGGAUUCCAUUGGCUGAUAUUAAAUUUCUUCAUCAAAACUGGACUGUCAAAUUCAGAAACCUUCAACUUGAACAUCUAAAUGUGUCCAUGAUAGAUGAGAUUAUUCAAGAUCUUGGUAGAGAAAAAUUGGAAAUAGAUCCCCCUAAUGCACAUCCAAGGAUUGGCAGAAUGGUGAAGGCUAGGAUCAGAAUGGAAUUAACUUCCGCACUCAAAAGAGGUGUUUGGCUGAGAACAACAUCUGGAGGUGAAGUUUGGAUCAAGUAUCAUUGGGAAAAGCAACCGUAUAAUUUAUGUGAUGAAUGCUUCGUUAUUGAUCAUUCUGAUAAUAACUGUGAACAAGUUGCUCUUCAGCUACAACUUGAUUCUAUGUCAGCUGAAGAAUAUGAUGUAUGGAGUCGGGAACAGGAAGCUGAAAACUUUUUGUGGUGGCUGCGCUUGGAGAAAAUAACGGUGAUGUUAACAUAAAUGGUGGCAAUAACACCGGUACCCCUAUCCCUAGCUCGGGUCCUAAUAUCAGAGAAGGGUCGGUAUCUCCUCUUAACCUUGGAGAUGAUUUCGAUAAUUCAUAGGAGAGGAAAAAAAAAAGAUCUCGCAAUGGUGUUUCUGAGUCGUCUUCAAACAACAUCGAUUCUAAGCAAUCCAUCUCUUCUCUUCUUAAUUCAUCCGCCAUUCCUCCAACUCAAACCAAAUUGAUUCUCUCUGCUACUAAGAAUCCUGAGACCUCUUCUAGCAACCUAACUGAACCGAUGGAAGGAAUUGAAAUGGAGGAAGUUGAUGAGGAAACAUCAGUGGAAGAAGGUAUUACACUGAUUAAUGUCAUGGGUUCUGCUAAUAAGGUGAAUGCAAAGGAUGCAAGACAGUUGCAGGACAAGCCAUGAAUUCUGAAGAGGCUGAAUGCUUAGCUCUACUUGAAGCUUCAAAAUAUGUUAAAGCAAGAGGAUACAACAAAAUUUGCAUUAGAAGUGAUGCUAAAAAUGCAAUCUCGUUUAUGAACAAUAGUACAGAUCAGAUUAGCUGGUUCAACAACUCUAUUUUAGAGGAUUGUUUAUUUAUUUUAGGUGAUCUUAGUUUUGUUAAAUUUGAGUUUAAUAGAAAUUACAAUGGUUUGGCGGAUACAACAGCUAAACAUAGUAGAAGAUUCAAUGUAUCAGGUGAAUGGUUGGACAAUAAUCCUCCAUUUGGCCUAAAUAUGAUGUAAUCUUUCUCUCUUUUCAAUAUAUCAUUUCAUUCCUAGCAAAAAAAAAAAA